AUGACCCAGCCAGGGGAGAAAGUGGGUAAAUGUAUUUCCUGUCAGGAAACUCAGAAGGACCUCAAGGAAACCACAACACAACAGGAAAUCCUCAGCAGAAAGAGAAAAAAUACAUGCAGUGAGUUUGGGAAAAACGUAUGUGAUUGCUCCAUCCUUAUAAAGCAUCACAGAAUCCACACAGGGAAGAGGCCCUAUGAAUGCACUGAGUGUGGAAAAUGCUUCACUGACAGCUCAUCCCUUUCUCGACAUCAGAGAAUCCACACAGGGGAGAGGCCCUAUGAAUGCAGUGAGUGUGGGAAAACCUUCAGUCGCAGUUCACACCUUAUUACGCAUCAGAGAAUUCACACAGGGGAGAGGCCCUAUGAAUGCAGUGAGUGUGGUAAAUGCUUCACUAGCAGCUCAGGCCUUUAUCGACAUCAGAGAAUCCACACAGGGGAGAGGCCCUAUGAAUGCAGUGAGUGUGGUAAAUGCUUCACUAUCAGCUCAGGCCUUUAUCAACAUCAGAGAAUCCACACAGGGGAGAGGCCCUAUGAAUGCACUGAGUGUGGAAAAUGCUUCCCUAGCAGCUCAGCCCUUUCUCAACAUCAGAGAAUCCACACAGGGGAGAGGCCUUAUGAAUGCAGUGAGUGUGGGAAAAACUUCACUAUCAGGUCAAACCUUCUUACCCAUCAGAAAAUCCACACAGGGGAGAGGCCCUAUGAAUGCAGUGAGUGUGGGAAAAACUUCACUAGCAGCUCAAACCUUCUUGCCCAUCAGAGAAUCCACACAGGGGAGAGGCCCUAUGAAUGCAGUGAGUGUGGAAAAUGCUUCACUGGCAGCUCAGCCCUUUAUCAACAUCACAGAAUCCACACAGGGGAGAGGCCCUAUGCAUGCAGUGAGUGUGGUAAAUGCUUCACUAGCAGCUCAGGUCUUUAUCAACAUCAGAGAAUCCACACAGGGGAGAGGCCCUAUGCAUGCAGUGAGUGUGGAAAAUGCUUCACUGACAGCUCAGCCCUUUCUCAACAUCAGAGAAUCCACACAGGGGAGAGGCCUUAUGAAUGCAGUGAGUGUGGGAAAAACUUCACUAUCAGGUCAAACCUUCUUACCCAUCAGAGAAUCCACACAGGGGAGAGGCCCUAUGAAUGCAGUGAGUGUGGGAAAAACUUCACUAUCAGCUCAGCCCUUUCUCAACAUCAGAGAAUCCACACAGGGGAGAGGCCCUAUGAAUGCAGUGAAUGUGGGGGAAAAUUCAGUCGCAGCUCAGACCUUAUUACACAUCAGAGAAUCCACACAGGGAAGAGGCCCUAUGAAUGCAGUGAGUGUGGAAAAUGCUUCACUAACAGCUCAGCCCUUUCUCAACAUCAGAGAAUCCACACA